AUGGUGCCUGGAUCUAGCACCAUGAAUGAAGAUGCUCAAGGCCACUUUGAUCUCUCUUCUCGCUAUCGUGUCAUGUCUCUCGAACGCGAAGAACUGUCAGCCGGAUCUCCUCGAGAGACUCCUCCAGUUUCUGGUCCACAAGGGGGCACUGAGCAAGAAGAUCGACGAGAAAGAUGGAGAAACGUGCACGUCCUAAAGGUGGUGCUGAAUGGAGGCCACGCUUACGAGAUUGCCAACAAAUGUCGUGUUUGGGAGCACGACCCUGGCCACGGCGACGAGUACGUGAAGCUGCUCAACGAUGCUAUGGUCGCGUGGAGCAGCGUCACCAUCUCCCUCGUCCUCGAGCACUACGAUGGCUUCAAAGACGUGAAGAAGCUCGUGGAUGGUGGCCUUGGAAUGUGCAUGGGCAAGAUCGUGGAGAAAUAUCCCCACAUCGAAGGUGCCAACUUUGAUCUCCCUCACACUGUUGAGAUCCAGCCAUUCCCGUCUACUUUGCUCAAUUUUAGCGACGAGGAUUGCCUGAAGAUGCUGGCGAAUUGCAACAAAGCUCGGCCACGAGGAGGCAAAAUGAUAGUGGUCGACCUUAUGUACUCCAAGGACGGAGCUGGACCUACACCGACGGUGGCAAGACCAGGCGAUUUGAAGAACACAUGGUGCUGCUUGAAAAAAGUGGCUUUGGCAACGUUUCCCUCGUGA